AUUCUUUCUACUAUUCUCUCUCUCAAUCCCUCUCUCUCUCUCUUUCUCUCUCUCUCUCUUUCUCUCUCUCUCUCUCUCACACACACACACACACGCUUACAUGUUUCUACCAUCGUGAAUGAAUUCUAGGUCACGUUUAUGAUGUUAACCAGAUAUUCCAACCACUAUGUGUUGAUAUGACUCUAAAAAGAAAAAGAUUUCUGAAAGCAUUUUGCGAGGCAUUUAUAGAAGUAAGAGAUAUUUUCAUUUUAUCACCGCAACCUCCAUUAAAAAUUGGAGACUAUUAUUCCUGGAGACUUCAGAAUUUUCUUUGGAAAUAUCUCCCAAUUCAAAAGGAAGUCUGACACAGCCUCAUAAAAAUCUAUGUCGUAAUAGGUGCUGUGUCACUGAAAACCACUGAAAAGACAGGGUUAAGAACACAAAGUGAGCUGCACACCAUAUAUGGAGAAACCCGUUUCUUAAAACUAGUGAUGAACUCAUGCUCUGUUCUGUUUUCUCAAAGCUGAAGUCGGCUAGGUUUGCAAAGCUGUGGGCUGAGCACUCAGGCAAUCACACUCUCAGAAACUGCGGCGGCUCUGGACUGCAGCCUCCCAAGGCUCCAUGCCAGACAAAGCAUGCGUGUCACACUUGCUACAAUAGCCUGGAUGGUUUCUUUUGUCUCCAAUUAUUCACACACAGCAAAUAUUUUGCCAGAUAUCGAAAAUGAAGAUUUCAUCAAAGACUGCGUUCGAAUCCAUAACAAGUUCCGAUCAGAGGUGAAACCAACAGCCAGUGAUAUGCUAUACAUGACUUGGGACCCAGCAUUAGCCCAAAUUGCAAAAGCAUGGGCCAGCAAUUGCCAGUUUUCACAUAAUACACGGCUGAAGCCACCCCACAAGCUGCACCCAAACUUCACUUCACUGGGAGAGAACAUCUGGACUGGAUCUGUGCCCAUCUUUUCUGUGUCUUCUGCCAUCACAAACUGGUAUGACGAAAUCCAGGACUAUGACUUCAAGACUCGGAUAUGCAAAAAAGUCUGUGGCCACUACACUCAGGUUGUUUGGGCAGAUAGUUACAAAGUUGGCUGCGCAGUUCAAUUUUGCCCUAAAGUUUCUGGCUUUGACGCUCUUUCCAAUGGAGCACAUUUUAUAUGCAACUACGGACCAGGAGGGAAUUACCCAACUUGGCCAUAUAAGAGAGGAGCCACCUGCAGUGCCUGCCCCAAUAAUGACAAGUGUUUGGACAAUCUCUGUGUUAACCGACAGCGAGACCAAGUCAAACGUUACUACUCUGUUGUAUAUCCAGGCUGGCCCAUAUAUCCACGUAACAGAUACACUUCUCUCUUUCUCAUUGUUAAUUCAGUAAUUCUAAUACUGUCUGUUAUAAUUACCAUUUUGGUACAGCACAAGUACCCUAAUUUAGUUCUUUUGGACUAAUACAAUUCAGGAAAGAAAAAACCCAAAAACCAACCUUAUUCACAUAUGGCUUUUUUUUAACCAAUAACAAUUAGGUGUACUUCUAUUUUAAAACAUUUCAGAAAAAAAUAUAUGUUAUAGCAAUACUCUUACUCAAAAGAAGAAAUUUCCUAACUCUAUCAGAUAAACUCAUCUUUACUAUAAAUAAGCAUUAUUUGCAGGUUGCCACAGGUGGACUUUUAGUAAGUAACCUAACCCAUGUUUCAGCUUCUAAAUCUGCAAAAUGAGCAAGGAAAUGAGCAAGGUACAGUAGCACAUUUUUAGGUGAUUCUUAGUAACUCCAGUAGCCUUCAUUAGUUAAAAACAUUAUUAUUUUUUGCAUGCUGCUUCGACUCUAAAUAUCUGGUUUUCCCUGUCUUUUUGGUUUACUACUUCCCCAGAUUCAGAACAGAGGAGUAACUAGGGGAUCUGAUUUUAGAGGCCUUAAUUUUCUGUUCAUGGACUGUUAAAAGUAAAACCAAACUUUCAAAAGGGAUAAACCUAAAUAUUUACUUAUUAUCAAUCAUUAGAGAGGGAACAUCAAAUGCUGGGACAUCAUUACUAACCAAUAGCAUCAGACACUGGAUUUAAUGGAUAAUCACAAUGGUCGUAAUGUAUACAAAGACAUAUAUACCACUUUCUAGUAUAAAUUUUUCAAAAAAUACAAUAAUAAUAUAAUUUAUAAAGAACACUCUUCUAUGAACCACCACCACCACCACCAAAAAAAAAAAAAGCCCUCAGAAAAUUUCUCACAAAUAAGGCAACUAAUGCCUGAUAUCUCAAAAUCCUUUACAAAAGGAGAUAGUUCUAGUCAAGGAGUUUUGGGUAUGUUACUUUUUUUUCUUCUUUUUCUUUUCAUCUGCCUCCAUCUUAAGUGCAAUUUCUUCAGCUGUAAGAGCUCCCAGUUUCUUAUUCUUUGCUUUCUUAACCUUUUCCUUGAUGCUGGCCACAUCAAUUUUAGUUUCAGUAGAAGCUAGACAAAUUAAAAGCACAACACAUGUAAUACUUUAGAUUUUACCAAGUAAAACAAAGAAUAUAUGUUUAACAAAGAAUAUAUGUUUAAGGCAGUUAACUUCAGAGUAUUUUUAUAGUAAAACAAAGAAUAUAUGUUUAACAAAGAAUAUAUGUUUAAGGCAGUUAACUUCAGAGUAUUCUUAUAAUUGAAUAAUUGAAAGAUGAUCACAGUAUAAAAUAUAAAAACACUUGCCUAAAGCAGUUAGAAAUUUCUUCAGACUAAGAUAAAACAAAUCAUAAAAUACUUUAAAUAUAUAUUAGUACAAGUAUACAUAAAAAUGGCAUAAAUGGCAUAAUUGAACCAAUUACUGGAUUCAACUAUAUUAAGACUAUUUCCUUAAAUCCUACUUCAGACUAAAUUAUUUUACCUACAUUCUUUUCCAUAUUUUGGAACUUUUGAGUCAUUAUUUUCCAUCUUGCACAUUAAAAUAAUUUAAAAUUACAUGUAUUCCUUCUCAAUAAGUUUAAUCAGCUAACCCUAAGCUAGAGGUCAAAAUCUACUUCCUCUAAUAUCAAAACCAAAAUUUAAAGUUUUCCAAAUAUUAAUUCAAUAUUAAUUGAAUAUUCAAUGAAUUCAUUUAAUGUUAGAUUAAUUCAGAAUAUUAAUUCGAUGAAUGACUAAUUAAUAGUAUUUUAACAAGAUUCUGGUAUAUUUAACAACAUUUUGGUAAUAAAGACAAUAAUUUGAGAGUAUGUGGAGGUCCCCCUAAUAGAAGCCAACUAUCUAAUCAAUGCCAAAAGUGUGAACAAAAUAGAGAAAGGAAGCAGUGAAAAAGAAUGCAACUUUUUCUUACCAUUCAAAGUACAGGAUCACAGCAUAAAAGAAUCAUAAGAUAAAACAUCAUAAUGUACAAACUACCCAGCAACCUGAGGAGCACAGAGUGUUAAAGCCUCCACCGUGUGGAGAAACUAAAUUAGGGUAACUAGCUAUUGAGUAUAUUGAGUACCUUCAAAGCACUCAACUGACAGGUUGUACAGACUGGAAAUUAUAAUACUUAUGACAUUUCUACCUUUUAUAUAACCAAUAAUCUACCAUAGAAUGUAGUAUUUUUAAAGCUAUUAACAAGCAAUAUAUUGAAAUAAUAAUGUAUUAUAUCUGUUUCUGACCCAGUCUAUGUACAAUAUUGCUAAAAUAAUAAUGUAUUAUAUCUGUUUCUGACCCAGUCUAUGUACAAUAUUGCUGGUGAGCCCUCUCCCUUCAGUGUGUCACUGUUCACUUUGGAGGGUUACUUUAGGAAGAGGAUAAGUGUUACCACAGGGGAAAAAAAUGCAGAAGAGGAUGCAUCAGAAGAAAUGGCAUGACAAUGUUUUCUCUUAGUCUCUUAGUGUCUUUUUAAAUACUAGGUUAGUGCGAAAGUGAUUUCUGCCAUUUAAAAACCACAAUCACUUUCGCACUAAUAGCUCCUGAAUAAGACCUGUCAGCAUCCUUUAGUCUAAGGUGAUGAGAAAUCCAUGUUACCGAUAUAGAAGCCAAACUCUAAGCCAAGAUCACAUAAAGAGAAGAAAAAGUACAACUUCUGAUAAUUCCUCUUUGAGAGGCAUGACAGCAGAGCUCAGGGACCUUCUUGCAUUUCUACAGAAGAUGCACUGGCUGCCCUGGGUUUGUAUCUUUCACAACAAAGAGUCUUUUCCAAGCACAGACCAGAGGUCAGGAGAGGACUGUCGAUCCAGUUUGCACUGAAAUAGGCAUUAGCUGCCUCUAAAUUAUAAAUUAUCUCAGCCAUCCCUUGUCCUUAGGAUUAGUAAUUAAUGAAAUGCUAAGAGAACUGAAGAAAAGAUACAACUGUUUCUUAAAAAGAUUCAGACAAAUUUACUAUGGGUUUACUUUUCCUAAUAAAGACUUUUACAUCAUAGAAAGCAUUACCUUCCUUAGGUUUCACAAUUGGUUUUUCCUUAGGUGGAAUAAAUGCUUUGUUUCUUUCCUCUUGUCUCUUACUGAUGGCUUCUGCUUGUUUAGCCUACAUUAAUAAAUAAAAAAUACAUCAGUUAAAUGUA